UUGAAUAAAAGAAAAAAGAAUUGCAUUUACUCAAGAAAUCAAGCACUUCUGUAAGAGAUGUGGCAAAAAGAGCUGGUACACAGAAAACAAGAACAGGUAGACUGAAAAAGCCUUUUGUAAAGGUGGAAGAUAUGAGUCAACUAUAUAGGCCAUUUUAUCUUCAGUUGACCAACAUGCCUUUUAUAAAUUAUUCUAUUCAGAAGCCCUGUAGUCCAUUUGAUGCGGAUAAACCAUCUUUCAUCCAAAAGCAAACUCAGGUUAAACUAAGAAUCCAAACAGAUGGUGAUAAAUAUGGUGGAACCCCAGUUCAACUCCAUUUGAAAGAGAAGAAAAAAAAAGGAUAUUGUGAAUGUUGCUUGCAGAAAUAUGAAGAUCUCGAAACUCAUCUUCUAAGUGAGCAGCACAGAAACUUUGCACAGAGUAACCAGUAUCAAGUUGUUGAUAAUAUUGUAUCUAAGUUAGUUUUUGAUUUUGUGGAAUAUGAAAGGGACACGCCUAAAAAGAAAAGAAUAAAAUACAGUGUUAGCUCCCUUUCUCCUGUUACUGCAAAGACUAAACCAAGAGAACACCUAGAACUGCAAUAUGUUUCUCAGAAGGACUUCAGGGAGAAUAAAGCUGGGCAGAUGAUCAAGCAAAAUUUCCUGUGUAAAGAAAUCCAGGAACCUGAACAGAAAUUUACGUUUAUUUCAGAACCUAUCUCCUGCCCUUCAAGUGAACUGAGAAGACUUGAUAAGAAAAAGACUAACAAAUAUUCCAUGUUAAAUCCAACUGAAAAUGACACAAACCAGAAUUUGCAGCUACCUUCCCGUAAAAAUAAACAAGGAUGCAUUCUUGAUGUUUCUGAACAUAAAUGCAUUAUAAAUGAAAGUUAUUUAGAAGAACUAAGGGUGGAUGAUUGUCCAUGUGGGCUACAGGCAUCUAUACACUUUUGUAAUUUCAAUAAGAAUAAUAGUGCAUCUCAACUGAAACAAAAGUCAUACUGUGCUUUUCCAGCAAAGGAUCUGAAGGAAAAGGACCUUAAUUCAACAUUUGGUCGUGAUUCUGGUCUCCUAGCAAUACAUAGUUCACAAGAGCACCUAACGAUUCAGGCAAACACUCCAUCCCAUAACCCUCUCGUUGAACCAAAUGAUUGUGAUACCAAGAAUGUGGAAUGUUUACCUUCUGGUAAAAUCCAUCGAAAAGUGAAAAUAUUAUUUGGAAGAAAUAAAAAAGAAAAUCUGGAACCAAAUGUGGAAUCAAAAAAGAAAAGAAAUGAGUUUCUUACUACACAAGAAGAAAACAGAAUUUGUAGUUCACCAGUACAGUCUUUACUGGACUUAUUCAGACUAGUGAAGAAAAAUCAGAAUUAUUUGGGCUUCAAGAGCUAUUCUGAAAACAGUGGCAUGUGUGAUGCUAUAGAUAUUGGGGGAGAAGAAAAUUCAAAUGAUCUGUUGUCAAUGUUUUUUUCUUCUCCUUCUACUUCUACAUUUGCUGGCUUUUAG